UCGUAAAACACUUACCACACAAGGUUACGAAACAGACGCCAUUUUGGCUCAAAUGUGAAUCGUUUGUAAGGGAAUGUCACGCUUCCACAGCGUAGCUUGAGCCAAAAUGUCCCACCCUUGCUGCAGUUCGUAGUAACCUUUUCCACGGUAGGAGGGAUAAACGAGAGCUGUCGCACAACUAGGCUACUUCUUCCUCGACUUCUGUGGACGACUGAAAAAUGGCCUAGUCGUGCCUGGAGAUAUUCUGCAGCUGUCAAAGACAUUAGCGUUUGUUUUAUGACGUGAAGUAUGCAGAAUUUUCAUGGAAUUUCAUGGCGGAAUCGUGUCUGAAGAUGAUGGGGAUUUCACCGAUUUGGCUGUCCAAUGUGUGUGAGACUGGAUGAAAGAAGGGCUCGCCCAGGAGCCCUUUGUGCUGAUUUACCUGCACUUACGAUAGAGGACCUCUAGGAAGGUUCACACAGCAUUUGGCAGGGUGGAGUUUCUUGACUCAUGGAGAAUUACUUCCAGGCGGAGGCCUUUAACCUGGACAAGGUGCUGGAUGAGUUUGAACAGAACGAAGAUGAAACGGACACACCGACUCUCUCGGAUGCCAAGUGGACUCAGAUUCUGGCCCCACCGUCACACCUUCUAUCCCUAAACCCUGCACUAACCCACUCUGACCUCAGCCCAAAGGAAAGCCCUCUCAGCUUCAAGCCACUGCUAGAUGCACAGACUUCAGAUGGCUCCUCUUUGGCUGAGGUCACUAGGUUAGAGAGUAAACAAGGGUUGGGACAACAGCCAGAGGGCAAGAGUGAGGACCGGACAGCAGAUGUUCACAGUCCUCCUCUGCCCCAGCCCAACAUUGGCAAGCUUGUGAGCGCUGAUGGGCAGUUGCCGGAGGUGCCAUCCUCCAACCAAGUGGCACUAGAAAACGGAUAUCUCUCUAGUCCCAAUCAUAGUUGCAGUACUGAGGUGUGCUUCAAGGAUGACAAAAGUCAGUCUGUUACAGACCAGCAAUGUCUUGUGGACAGUGUUCCCUGUGACAUUAGGAAGGAGCAGAAUGGUAAUGUUGAAGAAAAGGGUGUUGGUUUUCAUGAGUUCUCUGUUCCUAAGGAUGGACCUGGACAUAUACAAUCAGUUUUGACGAAGGAUGUCUCAUCUGCUGAGAUGGAAGGAAGCAAGGAUGUCAGUGGUUCACCUGCAGGCGACCAGGAAGUUGGAAUGAUGGAUUGUAAUUUGACAGUUCCAGAGGGAAGUAAUUCCAAGAAUGGAGAAACAGUAUUGCACAAAACAUCCAAUGGUGAUGGAGAAGUGGAUUGUAAGAUAGCGAAAGGUGGCUUUCAAAAUGGUGGAUUGGUUGGGAAUGAAAAUGAAGGAAAAGAUGUCUGGGAAUUAAAUCAGGAUGAAAUUAAAGUGCAAGAGAACGACCAAGAGGGAAUGCAUAAAGACCUAGUUGCUGAAUCCCCAAGGGCAGAGAUUUCCCCAUCCAAUGGUUUGAUUGUGGACCUUAAUAAAGAUGGACCCAACCAGCCUCUGGUCUCUUCAAAGGAGGACUCUGUUACAGAGGAAAAGGAGAUGGAAGAGAGCAAACAGGAGUGCAGUGAUUCAGUUCGGGGUUCAGAGUCUGGCAGAACAGCCAAACUCAACAAUAGCCGGCUGCAGCCUGUCAGCGUGCCCUAUGGUGGCGCCCGGCCAAAACAGCCUGUGAGUCUGAAACUGCAAAUUCCCCAACCUCUGUCGAGUCAAGUACAGAAUGAAUUUGGCUCUGCUGGCAAGAACAAGAACCUGGAGCCACAGUGUAGGACUGGAGACCAUGAAUCAUUGGGUGGAGAAACAGAGUGAGUGGUUAGAAUAAAUGGAGAGACUGGAGAUGCUUGUUCGGGUAUCCUCAUCCCUUUUGAGACUCCUGACAAUGACCUCCAGGCAGGUCAACAGCGAGUCCUCUCAAGGAAACCGUUCAGCUCUUUGGGUGAAGUGGCCCCUGUGUGGGUUCCUGAUUCUCAAGCACCCAUCUGCAUGAAGUGCGAGGUCAAGUUCACCUUCACUAAACGAAGGCAUCAUUGUCGGGCUUGUGGUAAGGUGUUCUGUGCUGCUUGUUGUAGUCUUAAAAGCAGGCUGAUGUACAUGGACAGAAAAGAGGCGAGAGUUUGUGUUACCUGCCACCGUGCACUCAUGAAUGCUCAAGCGUGGGAGAAUACGGGAGGUGGUUGCAACCAAAGCCCGAAUCCCAACAAUCCAUCAGAGUAUUGCUCCACUAUUCCCCCUCUUCAGCAGGCUCAGGCAUCAGGAGCCCUCAGUUCCCCUCCGCCAACAGUCAUGGUGCCUGUUGGUGUUCUCAAACAACCAGGCACUGAUGGUUCAGUUCCUCGAGAGCAACGAAGGGUUUGGUUUGCAGAUGGAAUUCUACCCAAUGGGGAAACUACUGACACUUCUAAUGAGCCUGCACCAAACCCCAAACCUUCACAACCUGCGGCUGUGCCACAAUGCUCAAGCAAUUUCUCAGGAGCCAACACAUCUGAGGUGGACCACGCCCCUGGAGCCGCGACCACAAGCCCUGUGGGUAGUUCCUUCAGCCUGAUCCCCGAGGACGGGCUUCCUCCCAUCCUAAUCUCCACAGGCGUCAAAGGAGGUACGGGAGGCCACAUCACAGACUAUGCAGUGGAGGAGAGACCUUCUGAGAUUUUGCUUAUGCAGCAGCUUGAGGAGGGAGGUCCUGAUCCUCUGGUGUUUGUGCUUAAUGCAAACCUGCUGGCCAUGGUCAAACUGGUCAACUAUGUAAAUAGGAAAUGCUGGUAUAUGACAACAAAAGGUAUGCAUGCUGUGGGUCAGGCAGAGGUAGUAGUGCUUCUGCAGUGUCUCCCUGAUGAGAAAACCAUUCCCAAGGACAUCUUCAGCCACUUUGUACAGCUCUACCGGGAGUCUCUCACAGGAAAUGUGUUAAGCCACCUGGGCCACUCCUUUUUCACUCAAAGCUUUCUGGGCAGUAAGGAGCAUGGUGGAUUCCUUUACAUCAGCCCCUCCUUCCAGUCCCUUCAGGACCUGCCGUUGCCUAACCCACCCUACCUCUUUGGCAUCCUGUUGCAAAAAUGGGAGACCCCCUGGGCCAAGGUCUUUCCCAUUCGGCUCAUGCUUCGCCUAGGGGCAGAAUACAGAUUCUACCCCUGCCCUCUGUUUAGCGUGCGCUUCAGAAAGCCCUUAUUUGGAGAGACCGGUCAUACCAUUAUGAACUUACUGGCGGAUUUCCGUAAUUACCAGUACACGUUGCCAUUGGUGAAGGGGCUGGUGAUAGACAUGGAAGUGAGGAAAACGUGUAUCAAGAUACCCAGCAACCGUUACAAUGAGCUGAUGAAGGCAAUGAUUAAGUCAAAUGAGCAUGUUUUGGCAAUGGGAGCAUGCUUCAAUGACCGGGCAGAUUCCCACCUGGUGUGUGUUCAGAACGACGAUGGUAACUACCAGACGCAGGCCAUCAGUAUUCAUCACCAACCGCGCAAAGUGACUGGUGCCUCAUUCUUUGUGUUCAGCGGGGCUCUGAAGGCCUCAUCUGGAUAUGUGGCUAAAACCAGCAUUGUUGAAGAUGGCGUGAUGGUACAGAUUACAGCUGAAACUAUGGAGGCUCUGCGGCAAGCGCUGAAAGAGAUGAAAGAUUUUAGUGUCGUUUGUGGGAAAGCUGAUCAAGAGGAGAACCAGGAGCAUGUGCAUAUCCAGUGGGUUGAGGAAGACCACAAUGUUAACAAGGGUGUCAUCAGUCCCGUUGAUGGAAAAUCCAUGGAGUCAGUCACCAGCGUUAAGAUCUUCCAUGGCUCCGAGUAUAAGGCCAACGGGAAAGUCAUACGAUGGACAGAGGUGUUCUUCCUACGAAGUGAGGACCAGACCAAUGGUCAGAGUGAUCCCGCAGACCACAGUCGUCUCGCUGAAAAUGUUGCAAGGGCUUUUUGCAUGGCCCUUUGCCCUCACCUUAAACUUCUCAAAGAGGAUGGAAUGGCCAAACUGGGUCUGCGGAUCACACUGGACUCUGAUCAGGUGGGCUACCUAGCAGGUAGCAACGGUCACCCGCUGCUUCCCCAAUACCUGAGCGAUCUAGACAGUGCCCUCAUCCCUGUGAUUCACAGCGGGGCUUGCCAGCUAAGCGAGGGGCCUGUGGUUAUGGAGCUCAUCUUUUACAUCCUGGAGGUCAUCUCCUAAAAGGAUAGUGUCCAUUUUCUCUUGCUCUCCUCUCUCUCUCAUUUGCACUUGAAAGAGCCUGAAAGCUGUGCAGGAAAACAUCCUCCAUACCACCUAUGCACCAUCUCCACUGGGACCUCUGAAUGUGGUGCUCUCUUUCGUUUCUCCUCACUUCUCAACUCCACUGUGGAAACCAUAGGCCCUGUUGAGUGGCAAACUGGAAUCGGAUCUCUGCAAAACAUGUUGUAGCAACAUUGAUCUCCUAAAACACUAGAGGGCGCCCUUCACUCUCAGCUCUAUCGGAGAGACUCCUGAAAUUGAAAAGACAGGGACCUGGAAAGGUUUGCAUUAUGGUGCACGGUUCCAGAGCCUCAAUACAAACAAAGAACGGAUUCGAGUUUCGGUCUCGCCUUUAAGCUUUAUGAAUCACCAGAUGCUUUAUUUCAUAAACAUGGACCUCCUUUUGUUUUUGGAUUUUGUUGGUGGAAAUAUUGCUCCAAAGCUAAUACAAUGUAGCCUCAUCAGAGAUGGACUGCAUAAAAAGAUUGUGGCACUGUAGUAGGAUUGAUACCUGUUACAAAUGUCAAGAACGGACCUCUGUUACAAACAAAACUCUUCUCAAGUGAUUAUUGACUUAAUAAAAUUGAACAAUAACAUCAAGCGGCCUUCAAGAUUUCGACUACAGCUUCAAGAACCACAGAAUGGCAGGUUUGGCACGAACGAAGCUCUCAGUACUUAUGCAGUGUAUUGACCUAUAGAUCAUCUGUGGUCGCUAUAUCCUUUCCAUCUUAGCCCAUCUCAUUUCUUCUCCAACCUUUUGGUGUUUAUAUAAUGUUCUCCUCCCAGUGUUUUCAAAAUGUUGUUUCGGAAGGAAUUAUGUAAUGAAUCGAUGUAAAAUAGCAAUGCAGUGCACUGGAUAUGAAGCCAUUAUUGAGGAACGAUGAGGAACACGAAGACUAACAUUAUAUAUUCUUGAAAGAUUGACUCCAUGUUAAGUUAAUCAUGAGAUAACUGGCAUGUGCUUUCUAAGCCUUAAUUAUUUCAUUAACUCCAUUGGUUUCUAGCAGUGUUGAAUGAUGUGUUACGUCCUUAAACAGACCUUUUAUGGAGCUGCUAAGAAUGUUUAUUAAUAUGCUUUAUAUGAGCGGAAAUCUGCAGGCCCUGCCUUGUAAAAAAAAUGGCCCGUCACUGAAUGGCGUUUCAGUUUGCUGUCUUUUACUGACAUUGUGUUAUAAAUAUAUAUAUAUAAAGGGUUUCAUGAGAAUAGCACUCAGCUCGUAAGCAGGAGUAAUUCAAUUAAUGUUUAAUUUGGAUCUUGUUUAAUAAUACAGGCGCUCACCAAAAAUACAACGCAAGGGGGUCUUUAUAUUCACUGUGGAUCACAAUUAUCAAUACUUUAAAAUUUCAUGAAUGUUCCCAAAAGUCAAACGGGGGUAUUGUCGAACCUAGCUAAACUGUAAGACACUGUGACUGGGUGUAUAAAUAUAAAGCCCUGUCUAGUUAACUUCUUAGCAAGAAUUAUACAUGAUAUUGAUAACUAUAACUAUAGUACACUAGUCAACAUUUGAAGUGAAUCAAAACCUUUCAUAAAAGUUGUCUUACCCAAUACAUAUUCUUGUCUUGUCAACUUUAAUUAUUUUAUAUAUUUUUUUAUCUUUUUUUUACACCACAAAAACAUUAUCUGAGGCAAUUAAUAGAAAAAAAUAUAAUUAUAAUAAGAAAAAAAAGCUAAAUAAUAAUAAUAGACACUAAACAAUAUUAAUAUUACUACCUCUUAUUAUUACACAUAAUAUGGACAACAAACAUGUACAGCCAUAUAGUAAUAUAAAGUAAAAAAAGAUCAAAACCGCACACAUUUUUUCCAAUUUAUAAAUCUAGGUAUUCUUUAACCAUGUACCAACUCUGAUUAAAAAGGUCAGUUUUCAGUUGUAAUGAUGCAGUCAUUUUUUCCAUUCCAAAAUGACUGCAACUUUAUUUUAAAUAUUAACUUCUUGAUCCACUUCAAAUGUUGACUAGUAUAUUUUGACAAUGACAAUCAAAUUGUAGCUAAUCUUUCAAUCAGAUUACACCAUUGGACAGAAAGUAAAGGUGCUAUUAUGACUUUCAAUAGCAAUGUCGCAUAUGGUUCAAUCGGAAACCCUGAGCUCAGUUUGGUGCAGGAUGUUAAAUAAGGACAGCAGGUGAACCUCAUGGAUCUAUUUUAGCAGGUCAGAGGUACAGACAUAAAUCAUUUGUUGUUGUAUUGACAGCUUUGGACUGUUCAUUAAAAUAAAUGGCAUUUUAGGAAGGUUACAUUGUCUUCCAUAUGCAUUUCAAACCACCUCUUUGCAUCCACCUUUGUUUUAUUUAUUUCCAGAUGUGCAGUAUUGUAUUACCCAAAACCCAGUCUGUGUUUUGUUGAUCAUAGCUUGUAUAUUUUGAUUUUUGAUUGCCCAGAAUCAUCACACACACCCUGCACGCUGAAACAGACAGGAACUAGUUUAAGUUCUCUGAAAUCUGAUGUUUCAGUAGACGGGUGGAUCUGCUUUCAAGGACAUAUUUGUACAAUCCAUUCAGAUUCACUUUGAUCUGUGAUGAAACGCUGUUAAAACUGACAUGGCAGAAUGGAAAUAAUUUGCAAUGUAUAAGAAGCCAAAAAGAAAUGAAUAUACAUCCUUUUCUUUAUUGUACACUACAAAUGUCAAUAAAAGCAGUCUUUAUGAAA